CCGUUAUAGGCUGAUCACUACCAAAUAGAAUGUAAGCCUCCGCAGGUCUAGUCACAAGUAGUCCAAAUAUAAAUAGUACUAAUCUUUUUUCCUUUCCUAGUGCAUUUUCUCGGCAGCAAUGUGCUUACUUUUACCCUACCGCGUUUCAGUAUGUAUCACUUUGCAUUGUAAUGAAAUCGGCAUGUUCCUAUCGCAUGCUAGAUAAAAAUGGCGGCGUAAGAAUUUAAUGUCACGAAAAGAGAAAUUGAAAGAAGCGAAAAGUAGUAAAUUCAGCGGGUUGUAUUUAACGAACUGUAGUUUUCUUAUAUAAAAGUUAACACCCCCUUUUCUUUUGGUUUUUCUAAAGUAGCGAUCUAGCUCUUUAUGGGAAUAUAAGUCUCUGAAAAUCUGAUAUGCUAGAAAAUGUCGAAACACCGUUAUGAAGUGAGUGGAUUUUAUAUGAAAUAAAGAACAGCUGGAUUUAGUGGUGUUCAGCCUUAAUAAACGCUUACUCAUCACGCAUUGUCCAGGUUGAAGAAACGCUUAUUGAAUUAAUGAUGCAUCGUCCAGAUUGAGGAACGCUUAUUGAAUAACUGAAACUGUAUGAGCGUACUCGAUUGGGUGGUCAGAAUCGUGAGGGUACCGAAUUCAAACUGUUCCAUAAGUUCUUACUAAACGGGUGAUUUAGAUUAGUUAAAACAAAAUCAUUUAUAAAAAACUUUCACAAAUGCAAACCAAUGCCGCUCACAUUACCUGUUGGAAUUAAGACGGUCGGAAGACGGUCCAAUUCAUUUGAUUUAUGUUCUUAUUCUAGGAAUCCCCAAUCAAGUAUGCCCUUAGAUACAAAACAAUAUGGCGAACUUUUUUAAUCUAAAAUUCUUCGACGGUGCGAAACCGGGCAUGAAACGAAAAACAGUCAGUGAUUUGUCAAGGGAAAACAACAAAAAACAAUAUGAAUCAAAGCGCGAGCGUGAUUUUCAGUCAUCGUGGCAGAAAACUAGGCCAUGGCUUAUUCACGAAGAUGGUAAAAUGUUUUGUAAAUGGUGCAAAGAUACGAAUCCUGACAGUGAUUCAACCUUUAUAAAAGGAUGUGAAAACAUUAGAAUUGAUUCUCUUAAAACCCAUGAAAAGAGUAAACAACACUUACGCAGUGUUGAUAGACAUGUUAAUGUUAAUGAGCAGCCAACUUCACAGGCAACUUCAUGUUUGACUAAACUGAAUAAAUCUCAAAUUGGCCAGCUGUCUAUCAAAAUGAGAACUGCUCAUUUUAUUGCCAAGCAUCACAAGUCAUUCUUAGAUUAUAAACACAUUUGUGAACUGGACAAAAUGAAAGGGUUAGAUGUUGGAACAUCUUACACGACAGAUAAAGGGGGUGCAACAUUAUUGCAGUCUAUCUCGAGUGUCACCAGGGCAGAUGUUUGCCAGAGUAUUACUUCAGCUAAAUUCUUCUCUUUCACCUGCGAUGGUUCCAGUGACUUUACAGGGGAUGACUACGAGUCUAUUUACACUCGUACAUGUACAAAUGGGGUAAUUCAGGACCAGUUCUUAUCCAUUGGGAUUGCCAAGUCUGCUUCAUCUAGUGACAUACAUGACCACAUUUGUGAAAACUUUGCAAAGCUUGGCUUAGAAAAUGAGUUCAAGGCCAAACUUGUCGGAUUGUGUUCAGAUGGAGCGUCAAAUAUGCAGGGUCAUAAAUCUGGUCUAGUGGCUUUACUUCGAAAAACCCACCCCCACAUAGUGACUGUCCACUGUCUGGCUCAUAGGCUUGAACUUGCCUUUAAGGACACUAUUAAGAAAGUCCCACUGUAUGAAAAAAUGAUGACUCUUCUCCUUGGGCUCUACUACUUGUAUAGGAAGAGUCCAAAGUUGAAAAUGGGUCUAAAGAGAUCAUUUGAGGCUCAUCAGACCAAAAUGUUGUUGCCAACACGUGUUGGUGGUACCAGAUGGCUACCACACCUCGACUUAGCCAUCAGGAACUUCAUCCGAGGCUACAAAGCUGUUAGAAGUCACCUGGAGUCAUCGUCACACACAAGCCCAAAAGCUGAAGGACUGGCUAAAAUCGCUGGUGACUCCAAUUUGCUGGGUUUUGUCCUAUCUCUGCAGGCAGUCAUUCAGCCACUGGUGCGACUUAGCCUUAACCUACAGAAGGAUGACCAGACACUUGCUGACGACCACUGUCAUGUUGAGGCAACACGGGCUGUACUUUCACAUCUAACAGAGAAAGUAUGGCAAUACAGAGGUCAAAGCUGCAACAGCUCACUUCCAGUCAGUUCUUGAGGCAGCUGGUGUUGAGGUAGACCUGAUCCUUGGUGAAUGGCAGCUACUUAAACAACUUGUUUUUCAGAAGUAUGGAGGGAAGCUUCAAAAGGUUGCUUGGGAAACCAUCCACAACAUGCGAGAUGAAGGCCUGGAAAAUUGCCUAACCCUCAUUGACCUUCUACGGACACUUCCACCCACCUCAGUGAAAAACGAAAGUUCGUUUUCUA